AUGCCUUUGUCAACCACGCCAUCACAGCCUCUACUCGGGCCAGAAUGGAAGGGCCGGACCCCCAAGAACGCCUACCAACGAGCCUUUGGGGCCAUUCACGAUGGGCUAGCCAUGCUUUGGGAUUUUUGCAUUCGGAGCGUGGCUGAAAGAUCGGCGCGCACGGCUUACACGACCAUUUUCCUCUCUAGGUAUAAACAAAUAGCAGAUCCCCGACUUGCGGCCCUCAAUCUUUUGCAGCACUCGGUGUGGAUAUCGCGAGGCGCAGGUCUCGUUCUCACUAUUGAUGGAACCCUGAUUCUUCUCCCCGUGUGUCGAACGUUUGUUCGAUGGAUCCGUCCCAAGAUUCGCUGGUUACCGCUCGAUGAGAACCUCUGGUUUCAUCGUCAAGUGGCCUAUUCGAUGCUCAUCUUCACAGUGAUCCACACUGCCGGUCAUUACGUCAAUUUCUACAACGUCGAACGCACUCAGCUGCGUCCCGCGCUUGCGGUCCAAAUCCAUUACAUGGACGCCGGUGGCGUCACGGGCCACGUUAUGCUUCUUUGCAUGCUGCUCAUGUACACCACCGCACACGCUAAAAUCCGCCAGCAGUCCUUUGAAACAUUCUGGUACACUCACCACCUCUUCAUCCCCUUUAUGCUCGGGCUUUACACCCAUGCAACGGGCUGUUUCGUGCGCGACACCGCUCUACCCGUUUCGCCGUUCGCCGGCAAGGAAUUUUGGGACCAUUGCCUGGGGUACUUGGGUUGGCGAUGGGAGCUUUUUGCCGGAGGUUUCUAUCUCAUCGAGAGACUCUACCGCGAGGUGCGCGCAGCCCGGUCUACGAAAAUCACGCGCGUUGUAAGGCAUCCCUACGAUGUCGUCGAGCUCCAAUUUGAGAAGCCGUCAUUCCGCUACAAGGCCGGCCAAUGGCUUUUCUUGCAGGUUCCGUCCAUCUCGCGCUACCAGUGGCACCCUUUCACCAUCACGUCGUGCCCCUUUGACCCCUACGUCUCCGUACACAUCCGCCAAGUCGGCGAUUUCACCCGCCAGCUUGGUGAUGCCGUCGGCGCCGGCUCUGCGCAAAGCAAACUCUACGACGACGAUGUUGAUCCCAAUGCCAUGUACGAGGUGGCGCUUCAAAACGGCGAGGUGAUGCCCGAUCUCCGAAUUGACGGCCCCUACGGCGCACCGGCGGAGGAUGUCUUUGAAAACGAAAUCGCCGUGCUCAUCGGCACUGGUAUCGGAGUGACACCCUGGGCUUCAAUUUUGAAGAACAUCUGGCAUCUCCGCAAUGGACCCAACCCACCCACGCGCCUUCGCCGCGUCGAGUUCAUCUGGGUGUGCAAGGAUACGUCGUCGUUUGAGUGGUUCCACUCCCUACUUUCGUCGCUUGAAAGGCAGAGCGCCGAGGAGGCGCGGCGGCCGGGCGGGUCGCCCGACGAGUUCUUGAGGAUUCACACAUACCUAACCCAGAAGCUUGAUAUCAACACGGCGCAGAACAUCGUUCUCAACUCGGUGGGUGCCGACACUGAUCCGCUCACGGAACUCAAGUCGAGGACGAAUUUUGGCCGACCCAAUUUCAAGAGGAUCUUUGACGCGAUGAGGGGCGGCAUCAACGACCAGACGUACCUAGGGGUUGGAUGGAAGCGCGCAGACGAGCGUGGGUGUCUACUUUUGUGGACCUGCAGUUGCGGGUUCUGGAAGGAGCACUUCUAA